GAAUGUGCUCAAGUUUUAUGGAUAAACUUCAGAUGGGUUUUUGUUUGACAUUAUUUCUGGCAGUUGAAGUAGGCCAGUUGCCUUUAAUUAGGGUUUCUUUGAACACAACUCAUUUUUUUCUACGAGUCUUGAUUGAUACAGAGUCCUGUAAACUGGCUGCCAAAGACCUUCUGCGCACUCGAAUGUGGACUUCUUCUCAGCUAGUAAAUCCUGAGCCGUCUCCUUUAUUUUUUGGGGAGAAGAAAACCUUGGCUCGUUCAAAGAACCACCUUUGCUGGCCACUCUCAAUCUGUUGUGGCUGCUUGCCACCCUUCAAACAGUCACUUGCCAUGCCGCUGUUCAACAAGAAGUUCGAAUCGAAACCGAUUCCAGUGCGUCAGGGUCGCUGCAAUACGGGUCAUCCAGUGGCCACCGAGGAUUUGGAUGAUUUCCGGCAGAUUUCCCUGACUCUGGGCAACAAGGAGCUGCGAUUUGCGGAUGGCAUUUGGAUGCACUCGUCCCGGAAGGGCGAUGUCGAUGAUAUGCUCAGACUGAACAGAAAGUUUCGGGCCCUUGAGGAGGAGAAUAAUAUGUGUAACUUGAAGAUUGAAGUGAUGCUGGAUCUGUUGGCGGAACAUGCCACAGAACUCAAUGAAUUGAAGCCCAAAGAGAAGUGAGGAGUUGGAAAGGAUGUCAUAAAGAAUAAAAU